UUGGGCUUCCUGUAUUAUCAGUACUGUACCUAGCUGUAGAUCUAAAGAAGGAACAAUGAGCCAAAUCCGAAAGUCUUUGGGCAGCAAAUCUGGAUCAUGCAAUGUUCGAGGCUACACAGCUUGUUCCAUUGGUGGAGGAUUUGUAGGGCCAAGAUAUAAUUUCAGCUCUUUAUCGUCUGCUGGAGGCAACCCCAUCCACCACAGCAGUGGAAAGCUAAAAUCCACUGGAAGCCUAUAUUGUUUAGGGGGUCACAAAAGGACCUCUAUCAGCAGUGGGAGAGUCCUUGGGUCCACGUUGGGUACCAGCAAGAGUUUUGGAACCGACACCUUUCCGAUAUGUCCACCAGGAGGUAUCCAACAGGUUACAGUCAACCAAAUUCUCCUCCAGCCAGUAAAUGUAGAUAUUGACCCAAAUAUCCAAAAGGUGCGAAGUGCAGAAAGGGAUCAGAUCAAGUGUCUCAACAACAAAUUUGCAGGUUUUAUUGACAAGGUUCGAUUUCUUGAACAACAAAAUCAGAUUUUGGAAACUAAAUGGAACUUUUUGCAAGAAAAAAGCCAGAAACUGUGCUCUAGGAGAGACACUAUUAAACCAUUGUUUGAUGCCUACAUUACCAACCUUCAGAGACAACUGGAAGGAUUAAAGAAUGAAAAAUGCCACCUAGAUGGGGAUCUAAAGAAUAUGCAAGAUGUGGUGGAAGAAUUCAAGUGCAAAUAUGAAGAAGAGAUUAAUAAGAGAACAUGUGCCGAAAAUGAGUUUGUGGCCCUCAAAAAGGAUGUGGAUGUAUUAUACAUUAAAAAAGCAGAGAUGGAGGCCAAAGAGGAAUCCUUGGGAAAUGAGAUCAGCUUCUUGAGGAGCCUCUUUGAUGCGGAACUAGCAGAACUACAAGAAUGUCUGUCUGAUAUUAAUGUUGUUCUGUGCAUGGACAACAACCGGGAAUUGGACCUGAAUGGCCUCAUUGCAGAAUGCAAAGCUCAGUAUGAAGAAAUUGCCAUCAGAAGCAAAUCUGAAGCAGAAGCUGCAUAUGCCAAAAAGUUCCAACAACUAAAGGCAGCAGCAGGACACCAUGGAGACAAUCUACGAAGCUCAAAGACUGAAAUUCAAGACCUGCAUACCAUGAUAAAGAGACUGCAGGCAGAGAUUGAGUGUGUGAAGAAACAGAUUGCUGCUCUGCAAGCCACCAUUUGUAAUGCUGAAUCCAGAGGUGAGGCUACUUUGAAAGAUGCCAGAUGUAAGAUGUCAGAGUUGGAGGCUGUAUUACAGAAAGCCAAAGAGGACUUGGCCCUUCAGUUGAAGGAAUAUCAGGAGCUUCUCAGAGUCAAAUUAGCACUGGAUGUGGAAAUUGCUACCUACAGAACUCUUCUGGAGGGAGAGGAGAGCAGAAUGCAUGGAGAAAUAACAAAUGAUGUCAAAAUAUCUGUGUACACUACUGGAAAGCUUGGAAGCUCAAACGCUGAAUGUAUAUCUUCAUGCAACUUGAAAAACAGUGGAAGUAUCCUUGCAGGAGUAGAAGCCCCCAAGUGUGCCUCUGUGUGUGCUCCCAAGUAUACCCCCAAGUAUGCCCCUGUGUGUGCCCCCAAGUGUACACUGCCAGUAAAACCCUGUGGGACCACCUGUAGCAAACCUGGCUAUUAGAUAUGUAAAAUAUACUUUAAAAGACCCCAGUCAAAAAAUAAUCAACCAUCUUCAGCAACUGCUGACUCUCUGUCUGCUUUUCUCAGUUUAACUCAUUCACAUCUGUUUUCCUAACCAGACAAAUACAUGUGUCAUUUGCAAAUAACCAGUACUCUAUUUAACCUGAUCUAAGGUAUAUCCCAAAAGUAUGAUGAAUAUGUAACAGUAACUCUGCAAUAAUGUUCUGUAAACUAUUAUAUUUAUUAUUAUUUGGGACACACCAAGAGUAACAAAUGUCAUUUCAUUUAAUCCUAAUUUUACAGUCUUGUCUUGACCAUCCAUACUCCCAUACUCAAUAUUUAAUUUUCACAUAUAUGACACUUCAUAGCCCUAUAGCAUAUAUGAGUUAUCAGUUUGGGGUCUUGUUCCUUUCUAUGGACACUUAAAAACUCUUUGACAAUGUCCAUAGAAAGGAACUCUUUGAUGUAGUGGAUCAGACCCUGAACAACUUAUGUUUCUAUUAUAUUUACUGUUCGUUGGGCAUAUGCCAUAUGGCCCAUGUUAGUGAAUGCCAUAAACUUCUUAAUGAUUUAACAUACUGUAGAUUAUCUUGGAUGAUCAAAUGCUGCUCCAAAUUGCUAUGUGAUAUGUGCUAUGUGAUAUAAACAAUUUGCUGUGAUAUAAAUGGCCAAUCUUCACCUAAUUGUUCCUCUAUGAAAAUAUUUGUAUUAUCUUUGCUGCAACUGAUGGGGUUUCUAAUUGUGGGAGAAGCACUUGACGCUACACUGAAGUUGGUUUAGUCUGUAUCUCUAAUAAACUGCAUCUGAAAAUCA